AUGUUAAAGUUUUGUUCAAAGAAAAAAAAAGUUAGUAAUACUACUGACUUUAAUAAAGAGCUUAGUAGGAAUAAUGUAUAUAAUAAGGUAAAAAAUUUACAGUUUAACUAUAAUAAAAGUUAUAAAAAUAGUUCUAUGCUAAAAUUAAAUUUGGAAAUAAAUAGAUCCCAAUCAGAUAACUAUUUUAAUAUCAAAGAUGAAGCAAUUUCUAAUUCCAAUCCUAAAUAUAAAUCAGAUAAUAUUCUAUAUAGAUUACAAGGAAGUCGUUUCCGGAUAAUUAAUGAGUAUUUUUAUAAGAAUACAAGUGAAGAUGUAUAUAAUAAAUGUAUAAGAGACCCACAAAUGUUUCAAGCAUAUCAUGAAGGCUAUGAAUUACAGAAACAAAAUUGGCCAAUAGAUCCAUUAAACGAAGUAAUUAAAUAUAUUAAUAAUAAUCCAAAUAUUAAGAUUAUUGGAGAUUUUGGUUGUGGAACUGGUAUAAUAGGAAGUAUAUAUAAUAAUAGAUCAAAUGAAGGUUAUAAAAUAUUUUCUUUUGACUUAGCUAGAUCUAAAAAUAGUGAUUUAGAUAUUAUUAUUUGUAAUAUAAAAAGUGUACCACUCAAAAGCUGUCAGCUUGAUAUGGCAUUAUAUUGUUUAAGUUUAAUGGGUAUAGAUUGGCCAUUAUUUUUAGCAGAAGCAUAUCGAGUUCUGAAAAUAAAUGGUAUUCUUUUAAUUGUAGAGGUUACAUCUAGAAUUCCAAAUAUUCAGAAAUUUAUAUAUAAUAUUGAGUUAUUAAAUUUUAAAUUAAUGAUCAAACCUAAAAAUCUAUCAAGUUUUUUCACUAUGUUUGUAUUUAAAAAAAAUAAAUCAAAAAUACUUUUAAAGUCGAAAAGUAUGAAAUUUGGUAUUAUUUAUAAAUUACAUUAUUAUGGCUUUAAACGGUUGUGGUUAGAUAUUAUUUGUAAAGUUUUGAAAUAUAAACAAUAUAAACAAUAUAUAAGAAUUUUAAAUAUUGCAAAUAGUCAAAUAAAUGAACAUAUAAUGAAACCUUGUUUAUAUAGAAGAAGAUAA